UGCUUUAAAGAAGUUAUUAGGCCCGGUUGAAGUGUAGCUAGGCUUAUCCUUGGUUUGAAUUUUUCAUGUCUAAAUGGAAAUUAAUCGUUUUUAGAUGUAAAAUUAAACUUAUGCAAAAAUAAGCGGUGGAAAAAUAGCUGGUAUUUAGUGUGAGCUGAACGAUUAAAGAAAAGGCAGAAUGUCUGUCGAGGCUGACUACCGGAAUUCAGAUGUGGAUUAUAAUGAUGAAGGAGGGGCAAAGCUCUUUGAGCGCUCCAGGAUUAAAGCUCUUGCAGAUGAGCGUGAGAUGGUACAGAAGAAGACGUUUACCAAAUGGGUGAACUCCCAUUUGCAGCGCGUAUCUUGUCGUAUCGUCGAUCUGUACACAGAUCUUCGAGAUGGACGCAUGUUGAUACGUCUUCUAGAAGUCCUUUCAGGAGAAAGAUUGCCGAAACCAACAAAAGGCAAGAUGAGGAUCCAUUGCUUAGAAAACACAGAGAAGGCUCUGAAAUUUCUGAAGGACAAGAGAGUACAUCUGGAGAACAUGGGGUCACAUGACAUCACCGAUGGCAACCAUCGACUCACUCUUGGUCUAAUUUGGACAAUCAUUCUUAGAUUUCAGAUCCAAGAUAUUACCAUUGAGGAUGAUGAGAGCGAUGAAAAGCGUUCAGCAAAGGACGCCCUCUUGCUGUGGUGUCAGAUGAAAACAGCCGGUUACAAAAAUGUGAACGUUCGAAACUUCACAAACAGCUGGCGGGAUGGUCUUGCGUUCAAUGCCCUCAUCCACAAGCACAGACCAGACCUCAUCGAGUACAAUAAAUUGCAGAAGAGCCAGCCAGUGCACAACUUGAACAAUGCUUUCAAUACAGCUGAACAGAAACUUGGUCUUGUGAAACUCCUUGAUACAGAAGAUAUAAACAUCGACCACCCAGACGAGAAGUCCAUCAUGACAUACGUGGUGACAUACUAUCACUACUUUUCGAAAAUGAAGACUGAGACCGUCAUGGGUAAGCGUAUCACGAACGUGAUGACAUCUGUGCGCGAGAACGACAAACUUGUCAAGGAGUACGAGAAGCUCACGUCAGAUCUGUUGCGAUGGAUAGAGCAGACUGUUCAAGUUUUGGGAGAUAGAACAUUUGCCAAUUCACUGACUGGUGUACAACAGCAACUAUUUGCCUUCAACACAUACAGAACAGUGGAGAAACCACCAAAGUUUAUGGAAAAGGGUAAUUUAGAGGUACUUCUUUUUACAAUACAAAGUAAGAUGAGGGCUAACAACCAGAAGCCAUACUUGCCAAAAGAAGGAAAACUCAUCUCAGAUAUUAACAAGGCUUGGGAACGACUAGAACGAGCAGAACAUGAACGUGAGUUGGCACUUCGCCAAGAGCUUAUCCGUCAGGAAAAACUAGAGCAAUUGGCGGCACGCUUUAACCGCAAGGCUGCAAUGCGUGAAAGCUGGCUGGGUGAGAACCAGCGCCUGGUGACCCAAGACAACUUUGGUUAUGAUCUGCCGGCGGUUGAAGCUGCUGCAAAGAAGCACGAGGCUAUUGAGACGGACAUCAACGCAUACGAGGAAAGAGUUCUGACUGUCGUUGCUGUGGCUGAGGAGUUGGAAUCUGAAAACUACCAUGAUAUAGAAAGAAUUAAUGCUAGGAAAGAAAAUGUGCUACGUCUAUGGGCCUAUUUACUUGAGCUGCUCAAGAGUCGCCGCUCACGACUUGACUACUCACUGGAAAUCCAGAAGAUUUUCCAGGAGAUGGAGCUCCUCUUGGAUUCAAUGGAAGAAACCAAAGGACAGCUGUUGUCAGAGGAUUACGGUCGUCAUUUAAUGGACGUAGAGGACCUUCUAGAGAAACAUGCCCUUCUUGAAGCAGAUGUUUCUGCCUAUGGUGAACGAGUUAACGCGGUUAACCAGCAGGCAGACAGGUUUGUGGAUGAGAAUGGUGUUGACGGAACAGGCUAUACUCCUGUUGAUCCAAUGAUUGUAAAGGAACGUAUUGCAAACCUUGAGGAGAGCUACCAGGAGCUGCAGAAUGUGGCACACACCCGCAAGGACAACUUGAAGGAAUCUUGCAAGCUGUGGAAAUUCUUCUGGGAUCUUGCGGAUGAUGAGAACUGGAUAAAAGAAAUGGCACAGGUGCUAUCAUCCCCAGACAUUGGCCGCGAUCUAACCAGUGUCAACUUGCUCCUCAAUAAACACAAGGCCUUGGAACAAGAAAUAUCAGGCCGUCAGACCCAGCUUGAAGGUAACAUGAAGGCAGGGGAGGACCUGAUUAACGAGGGACAUCGUGAUGCUGAGAAGAUCCAGGCACGCAACGCUGAUGUCCAAGAGAACUGGAACAAACUUGGCGAGCUGAGCCAACAGAGAAAGAAUCGUCUAAACGAAGCCACAGACAUGUACCAGUUCUUUGCAGAUGCAGAUGAUGUUGAUAUUUGGAUGCUGGAUACUCUGCGACUUGUAUCAAGCGAGGAUGUCGGACACGACCAAGCCAGCACCGAGUCCCUCAUCAAGAAACACAAGGAAUUCCUAAACAUAGAGGACUUAGAAGACGAAAUUUUGACAACUGAAUUAGACAACUACAGCAAGGUGAUUGGCAGUCUCCAUGAGCAGGCUGAGCAACUUGGUGACCAAGAUCGUGAAUCGUCAGAGGUUUGCAGUAGGUUGGGCACAAUUGAUCGAAGGUACAAGGAGCUUAAGGACUUGAACCAGUUGCGCAGAGAGCGCUUAUUGGAUGCUUUGUCCCUCUACAAGCUUUUCAACGAGGCUGACAAUGUCGAAGCCUGGAUUGAUGAAAAGGAACAAACAUUACAAGCAUUGCACCCAGGAGAGGAUCUUGAAUCGAAUGACAUACUCUUAUCUCGCUUUGGUCGUCUGGAAAAAGAAGUUGAGAUCAAUGCCUCUAAGGUUGCCAUUGUCAACCAACUUGCUCGACAACUUCUUCAGAAUGAGCAUCCAAACUCCACUGAAAUCAACAGCAAGCAGAAUCACCUCAACCAGCGAUGGCACGCUCUGCGUGAACUGCUGGAUGCCAGACGUGAAGCCAUUCUGACGUCGCGUGAAAUCCAGACGUAUCACAUUGAGUGUAUUGAAACUACCCAGUGGAUUAAAGACAAGAUUAAAGUCAUUGCAGCAACAGAAGAACUUGGCAAUGAUCUGGCAGGUGUCACAGCUCUUCAACGUCGUCUCAAGGGAAUGGAGAGUGAUCUUGCUGCCAUACAAACCAAGUUGGAUGAUCUGGAGAAAGAGUCAGAUAAACUUGCCCAAGAGCAUCCAGAAGAGGAGGAAGAGAUCAGAGCACGAAAGGACAAGAUCACAGAAGCCUGGGUAGACCUUAACGAUGUACUAAAGGAACGUGAGUCAGCUCUCAGCGAGGCAGGUGACCUGCACCAGUUCUUGGGCGAUCUUGAUGAGUUCCAGGCAUGGCUUACUAAGACUCAAACUACAAUUGCGUCGGAAGACAUUCCAAACAAUUUGAAAGAGGCAGAGAAAUCUCUAAACAAACAUGCUGCCAUAAAGGAUGAGAUUGACGGCUAUGAAGAUAAGUAUGCAGGGCUAAAAGAGACGGGAGAGCGUGUUACAGAAGGACAAACUGAUGCACAAUAUGUCUUCCUCAAGCAGCGUCUGCAAGCUCUUGAUGACGGCUGGAUUGAGCUUCACCAGAUGUGGGAUAACAGGCAGCAUCUUCUGUCCCAAGCUCUCCAUCACCAGAUGUUCAACAGAGAUGCUAGACAAGCUGAUAUCAUUCUCAACCAGCAGGAUAACUUCUUGGCAAACAUCAAACAACCUCAUAGCCUGGAAGCAGCUGAAGAAGCCAUUAAAAAGCAAGAGAAUUUCAUCAACCAGAUGGACAAUUCAGAUGAGAAGAUCAAUGCUGUAAUAACAAUAGCAAACAAGCUCUGUGAUGAGAACCACUAUGCUGCAGACAAAAUCAACAAAAAAGCUGAAAAUAUCGAUGAAAGACGUAAAGCUAACAGACAAGCUGCAGAGGAUGCUCUUGAUAAACUCCGUGACCAGUGCCAACUGCAGGCAUUCCUUGAAGAAGCUGAGGAUCUAGACCAAUGGAUUACAGAGAAGAUGGUUGUUGCUCAAGAAGAGACAUACGACGAAGCUCGCAAUCUACACAGCAAGUGGCAGAAGCACCAGGCAUUUGAGAAGGAACUAGUGGAGAACAAGGAGAGGCUUGAUAAAUUGAAAGAACAUGGUGAGCAACUGAUAGAAGAGAAACCAGAAAUGAAGGAAACUGUUGAAGAACAACUUAAAGACCUGGAACAAAAAUGGCAGGAUAGAUGUCUAAAGGAACGUGAGUCAGCUCUCAGCGAGGCAGGUGACCUGCACCAGUUCUUGGGCGAUCUUGAUGAGUUCCAGGCAUGGCUUACUAAGACUCAAACUACAAUUGCGUCGGAAGACAUUCCAAACAAUUUGAAAGAGGCAGAGAAAUCUCUAAACAAACAUGCUGCCAUAAAGGAUGAGAUUGACGGCUAUGAAGAUAAGUAUGCAGGGCUGAAAGAGACUGGAGAGCGUGUUACAGAAGGACAAACUGAUGCACAAUAUGUCUUCCUCAAGCAGCGUCUGCAAGCUCUUGAUGACGGCUGGAUUGAGCUUCACCAGAUGUGGGAUAACAGGCAGCAUCUUCUGUCCCAAGCUCUCCAUCACCAGAUGUUCAACAGAGAUGCUAGACAAGCUGACAUCAUUCUCAACCAGCAGGAUAACUUCUUGGCAAACAUCAAACAACCUGUAACAUCUUACUUACAGGUAACAUCUUACUUACAGGUAACAUCUUACUUACAGGUAACAUCUAACUUACAGGUAACAUCUUACUUACAGGUAACAUCUUACUUACAGGUAACAUCUUACUUACAGGUAACAUCUUACUUACAGGUAACAUCUUACUUACAGGUAACAUCUUACUUAGAGGCAACAUCUUACUUACAGGUAACAUCUUACUUACAGGUAACAUCUUACUUACAGGUAACAUCUUACUUACAGGUAACAUCUUACUUACAGUAUUCUAUUUAUCUUUAUACCCAGAUGCUAGAGAGCCAGGUGAUGGUGAAAAAGAGUCAGGUCAAUGAACUCCAUUGCCAGGUACAACACCUGGAGAACCUGGAAGAGAUUGAGAAAGUGACCGUCAAAAAACAGGCCGUAGAGGAGCGGUUCAUGGCCAUGUCCGAACCACUGACCCAGCGGAGAGCCAUCUUGGAAAAUGCUCAGAAAGGUCACAAGCUCAUCAGAGACUUUGAAGAUGAGAAGGCUUGGAUACAGGAACGCAUGCCCGCCGCAACAUCCCAAGACAUCGGUAACAAUCUGCAAGCGGUGCAGACCCUACAGAAGAAGAAUAACUCGCUGAAGGCAGAGGUUGAUGGUCAUGAACCACGCAUUGUUGAGGUCUGUGACCGUGGACGGGCCGCCAUCGAGGAGAACCACCCAUUCUCUGAUCAGAUUGAGACAGCAAUUGGUGAUGUCAAUGACCAAUGGGAAAAGCUGAAAGAUGCGGUAGAUGCACGUAAAGAUCGUUUGGUCGAAUCUGAGAAAGCACAGAGAUACUACUUCGAUGCAAAUGAAGCUGAAGCCUGGAUGAGCGAACAGGAAUUAUACAUGAUGGCUGAAGAACGCGGUAAGGAUGAUUCAAGCGCCAUGGCAAUGAUGAAGAAACACAACAUUCUGGAGAGUGCUGUAGAAGACUAUGCUGACACAAUCAACGACCUCUCCAAGGAGUCCAGGAAGUUAAUGGAUGAAAACCAUUCUCAGAGCGACCAGAUAGCCAUCCGUCAAUCGCAGAUUGAUAAGUUGUAUGCUGGUCUGAAGGACUUGUCCCAAGAAAGACGCCACCGCUUGGAGGAAGCUGUGCGUCUGUUCCAACUGAACAGAGAGGUCGAUGACCUAGAACAGUGGAUUGCAGAGCGUGAGGUGGUUGCUGGCUCGCAUGAAUUAGGACAGGACUUCGAACAUGUUACUAUGUUACAAGAUCGCUUCCGUGGUUUUGCCAGUGAGACCAUCUCAGUCGGAACCGAAAGAGUUAGUAAGGUCAACAAGAUGGCAGAUGAUUUGAUCGAGGCUGAGCACUCAGACGCCCCUACUAUUGCUGAAUGGAAGGAGGGUCUGAACGAAGCCUGGGCAGAUCUCCGGGAACUGAUUGAUACAAGAACACAGAUGUUGGCAGCAUCAUAUGAACUUCAUAAGUUCCAUCAUGAUGCUAGAGAAACUCUUGGACGGAUACAGGAGAAACACAAUUCUAUGUCAGAAGAUCUUGGUAAGGAUGGAAACACUGUGACAGCCCUCCAACGAAAACAUGAAGCUUUCGAAACAGACCUCAAGGCUCUCGCAUAUCAGGUGAAGGCUGUUCAGGAAGAUGCUGGCAACCUUCGUGCCGCGUAUGCCGGAGACAAGGCGCGUGAUAUUGAUGACCGUGAACGUGAAGUGGUAGAAGCGUGGAAUGCUCUGAAAGCUGCGGUAGCAUUUAGAACAGAACGAUUGCAUGACACCCUGGAUCUGUAUCGCUUUUGGAACAUGGUGCGCGCCCUUCAACUCUGGAUGGACGACAUUUCAAUCCAGAUAAAUACCCAAGAGAAACCAAGGGAUAUCACAGGUGUAGAGCUUCUUUUGAAUCACCAUCAGAACAUUCGGUCAGAGAUUGAUACACGUAACGACAGCUUUACCGAAUGCUUCACACUCGGCAAAGACAUGUUAGCUAAGGACCACUAUGCGUCCAAAGAGAUCCGUGAGAAGUUGGUAACGGUUGGAAACCAGAGGUGUGCGAUGAUUGCGGACUGGGAGCACAGAUGGGAAUACUUGUUGCUGAUCCAGGAGGUGUACCAAUUUGCAAGGGAUGCCCACAUUGCUGAGGCUUGGCUGAUGUCUCAGGAGCCGUACCUCAAGAGUGAAGACUACGGGAACUCGCUUGAUGAAGUUGAAAAGCUGAUCAAGAAACAUGAAGCAUUUGAAAAAGCAGCAGCAACACAGCACGACCGCUUCAUAGCCUUGGAAAAAUUAACCACAUUUGAAUUAAAAGAGUUGCGAAAGAAAAAGGCUGAAGAGAGACGAGCUCUCAAUUCCUCCGACGAAGACAUUCCACCAAUGAAAGAGGCGCCCUCUCUGCAGCAUCUGCUGGUUGAGGAGUUCUUGCAGAUUGAGAGUGAACGUGAGAAAGACGAUGAAAAGGAAAAGGUUGUGUUUGAUGAGCCAAAAGAAGAUGAAGUACAGAUUAAUUAUACUCGACAUAUAGUAGAUGAUGAUGAUCAGGCAGUUGUUUCCGAGCGUCUUGACAACGUUAAACACCAGAUGGAGGCCGCCAUCAAUGUGUUGAACAGCGAGUCCGCAGAGAGCGAACGAAAUGGGGACAGUACCAACGAUUUGGUGAACGGUGACGGAGAGCAGGCGCAGAGCACACCAAGUACAAUCAGUGAGAAGAAAGUAGAGGAUGUGGCUGAAGGAAGCAGUAGUCGUGGCGAUGCCCCAUCUUACCAAGCUGAAGGAUUACUCAUCAGAAAGCAUGAAUGGGAAUCCCCCAACAAGAAGGCCCACAGCAGGUCAUGGCAUCAAGUUUUCGCUGUACAGCAGGGCUCGGAUCUUUUCUUCUACAAGGAUCAGAAGUCAGUGUCACAUGGCACAUACCACGGAGAAGCCCCAAUGUCCCUCACCAAAGCAACAGUAACACUUGCAGAAGAUUACACCAAGAAGAAGCACGUGUUCAGAAUCAGAUUAAGUGAUGGUAAUGCUUACUUGUUCCAGUGUAAGGACAAUACUGAAGUGAAUUACUGGAUUGAUUGCCUGAAUGAGGGCAGCAAACACCAAUCAGAUCAACAACGAUCUGCCACAAUGCCUGUGGACUCAUCAAACGCUGGCAAGAAGCCUAAGUCCGGCAAAGGCUUUUUCACUCUCAAGAAAUGAGAGGCUUUAGUAUAUUAAAAUAUUUAGCUUACAUAAAUUUCACACUCACUUUAUUACUAUAAUAUAGAGUUGAUUUAAAAAAGCGUGUAAAUUAAAAAUUUGAAAUUCCAAAUCUAGACAAUUUGAGUGCUGAUAGUGAAUUUGAGCACAAUGAUAGGCUGUUAGCUGGCUUAUGCACAUUUAAUGUGUAAAGCAAACUUAAUUAAUUGUAAAGUUUACUUAAUAAUGAAUAUGUGUCUCACUGUAUAUCAAUUGAUGUAAUAGUCAAUGAAGUGAUGUAGAUUUUAGAAUUUAAAUUAUUAUUAUUAUUAUUAAGAAUUAUUGGUAGAUAUUAAAUGAUUUAGUGAAUCAGAUCGGAAUUAAUUUCCCAGCAGAUUGCAUAUGGAAUGGACGUUGCCUAAGUUUUCAAUUAUGACAGCUUUUUUGGCUGUUACAAUUGUAGACAAGCGAGUGUUUUCGGUUUUUGUAGUUUCGUAAGUCAUUGUAGGUAAACAUAACCAAAGUAUUCCAAGAAUUAUGUGUAUCAAUAAAUUUCAAUAUAGCUCUGAUGAAAGUUUUCAAUUCUCGGAGAAAAUAAACUUGCGUAUUCAUUAUCUCAUAUAGAAAAUAUGAAGACAGUCAUAACAUGGUGUAUUUUGUUGCUAUAAUAACAGCUUAAUUAUCCCUAGAAUUGGGUGGUUGUUGUAUUUUUUUUCUUGUGUUAAAGUUCACCACCCUUAUUUUUGGUAAUUAGCAAAUUAAAUUUAUGUGUCGGAAAUGUUUUGUUUGUUUCCUUCUGGUUGUUGUUGUGUGUGCGCGCACGAGUGUAAGCAUCUCAUGAACAUUUGAACAAGAGAUUAACAUAAUUAAACCAAAACUGUAUUUGAGAAGCCAAUUAUGCACAUUUUUGUUUCUUCUAUCAAAAUAAUUAACAAAGUGGGUGUAAUUAAAUGAAUUAAUCUUGUUUCUUUAUAUUUUGUAUCUGAUUUUCAAAUUGUUUAGUUUUACAUCAUGACACUAUUAUUCUUUUCUUAAUGAAUUUUCAAUCAUUAAUUUUUUAUUUUGUAUUAGAAAUGAUAACUUGCAUUAAUGAAUUUUCACAUUUAAAUAUAUGUUUAGCCUAGGCAUAGUGAUGCAUUGACAUGUGUUGUCAGUGCCAUCAAUACAAUAGUUGUGUAUAUGAACGUGAUCUGUGUUAUUAUUUGUAGAGGUAUACUUUGUAGGCUUCAUAUUAUUGUAGUCAGUUGAUAAUACCACAAGAGAUUUGGUGCAUAUAGCAACACAUUUUGACACGUAACAGUUUAACAAUGGAAAAAAUAUCGUGCAGAUUGAAUAUAAAAUGAAAAAUUAGCUCACGCAGUUGGCUAUAAAUGAAUCUCAUAAUGAUUUGAACUAAAAGUAUUUCCAUGUUUCAACAAAUGGUGCCAGUUCAGUAAUAAACAUACUUUAAAAUGAUUUGCUAUUUUUUACUUUAAUUUUGUUUGUGAUAAUGUUGCUUGGUUUGGAAUGAUGAUAUACAAUUCUUUAAAGAUUCUUAAAGUGCACAGUAUUGAAUAUGAUUCACAGCAUUUGGAAUUUCAACAUCAUAGCCUUUAGAUAAUCCUAACUUAUAUUAAUAGGUUAAUUUUUUUUAAAUUUUUGUUUUUAAAUAAUUUUUUGGCUGUUCAUUAUAUCGCUUUCUUUAAUCUCUUUGUGAAAUCAGUUUCUUGAGUUGGUUGAUACUAAGGUAGUUGUUACAAGUAUUGGCAUACUUCCUAUGUGGCAUGCAAGCAAGCAAUCAUUAAACAAUGUGAAAAUAAUA